AUGUCUCUCUCAUACCCAAGGGCGCACGGCGCCGUGGACGACGGCGCGACCUGGCGUCAGGUUUCAAAACAGCCGUGGCGUGGCGACGUCGACAGCGAGGAGUUCGGCGACGAGUACGACGGCGGCGGCGGCGGGGGUGGGGAUGUGGGGUGGGGUUGUAACUGGACCCGCUGUGAGCGGGAGGGAACUCCAAUACCCGCACUGCGCCCACCUACGCCACCAACCACGCCCUCAACGACACCCGCACCAACGCCAGCGGAGGCAAGCCUCGUCCGCAGCUCCGGAACCGCCGCUGCUACAGCCGCCGUCACCGCCGCCGCCAGCGUCAUUCCCCGGCAUCGCACCGGUAGCGUUUCCGUCAGCAUGUACGGCGACGCUGACGACGACAACAACCCCGCCGACGCGCCGCCACCGCCACCGCCGACGCAUGCCAUGUCACCCUUCGCUUCCGCACGCACCCAUACGUCAUUUGCCGUCACCCAUGAUGACAUCUGCCUGCCGCCUGUCAAUGGCGGCGGCGCCGCCGCCCCCAGCACCACCGCGGAUGCGCGUUCCGUCGGUAGCGGCAGCCGUGCGUCUGUCAUGUUCGCGAACGCGCGCGCCAGCUGCACGGCCAUGCUUCAGCGCUGUCGAGCGCUGGGAUUGUGGCGAUCCGCGGGUGCGGUGGCGGCGGCGUUGCGGGGCUGGAUAGGGGGGGUGGUCACGGCGCCGCGACACCUGUAUCAGCAGUGCAAGGAAGACCCCGUGUUCGCGUCCUUUGUGGCGGCGCGCGUCGACAAAUGGUGUUGCAUCAUCAGCGUGACGCUGUAUGUAGUUACCAUUUCUGUGCUGCUUGCGAUUGAAGUACGUGUGGGAGACCAUAAGAUGAUGCUGGGAGACAGGCCGGGCAACAUGUGA